AACAAACCAGCAAAACUUCACUCUUUCACUCCUUCACUCACUCUUUUCUCUUUCAAGGGCGGGGGCGUCUGUUCUUUAUUCGCAAGUUUUCCUGUCAGCUUCGAAAUGGACUGGUUCCGCAGCCGGUUUGCGUCGGGCAGCUCGACGGGUGGCUUCACGACGAGUCUCGCGUCGAGUGGCGGGCAGUCGCUGAGCGCAUCGUCGUCGUCGUCGUCGUCGUCGUCCGCACUCCAGUCGUCAUCAGCAGCAUCAAACUCAGCCUCAGGAACGACGACUGUUGCAGGCGGGUCGCUGCUGGCCUCGGCUGAAGCAGUGGCUGCCGCGCAGGGACUCCACGGCGGGCUCCAGCUGCCCGGCACAGCCCUCGCAGCGCUCCCCUCCGUCCACACAGCCACUGCAACUGGGACCUCUGGGACAACGACCACUUCUGCUGGCAGCAGUGGCUCGGCGGCCGCCGCGUCCGUCUCGAUGAUGAUGAUGAAUGGGCUCUUGUGCAAAAAGUGUUACACGGACAUGUCCCUCUUCCAGCACCGCGUCGCCGUCAGCGCGUCGUCGAGUGGUGCAAAGGCAUCUGCAGUCGCAUUGCCGGCCGUCGGGAACGCGGCGUGGACGGCGUUCUGCUGCUCUCAGCCAGCAGCCACCAAUGCAAACCCCAAUCCGACGUCGCCGUUGUCGUCGCCCGCUGCUGCUGCUGCUGCUGCUGCUGCUGCUGCUGCUGCUGCUGCUGCUGCUGCUGCUGCUGCUGCUGCUACAGCCACCGCGUCGCAGCCAGUCAUCAGCGCGUCUGCGACACUGGCAAUGCUGUGGCAACGCUACGUCGAAGCGCUGCGAACGGCGGAUCUGGUCGCCGUCGACCCGCUGCUCGACGACUUUCUGGUCGUCCUGCUCGAGCAGAACGCGAACGUCCGUGCAUUGCGCGAGCCUGUCAACCUCUCCGAUGCGGCAACACUGUCGUCUGCGCCAAUGCUGGCUUCGCUCGUGUCCAACCCGGCGUCGGCGGCCACUCGUGCCCCGAUUCGGCGCGCUUCCAGCACAAUUUCCACAAGUCGCUCCAGUGGCGCUGCUGCUGCUGCUGCUGCUGCUGCUGCUGCUGCUGCGACACGACAAGACUCGUAUGCACCAGACGAGCCAUUGUCACCGGCACCGCUGUCUGCCACAGAAGCCACCGCAUUAGCCACAUCGACCAUCUCGACCGGCACGAUCGUGCCUCCAAUGUCGGUUGGCGCCUUCCCUUUUUCGUCUGUCGGUUCCAGCAGCGGCACCAACGGCGGCGGCAGCAGCAGCAACAACAGCACUGAGACGAUGCGACCAGACCCGAUGGGCUCUGGCAGCAUGGGCCGAAUGUCGGGCCACCCGUACGAAGUUGUCGUGUGUGUCGCCAUCGCCCUCAACGAAACGGCGCGAAACCUACCAACAGCCUUUGAGGGUUUGCAAUACUCGGCCACCGGCGAGCUCGCCAGCCAACCCCCAUUCCGCUACUGCAUUAAUCUCGUCAAAUCCGUCAUUGUCUUGGCCCGUUAUCCGCGCAACCGUCCCAUGCUCAUCCACCACGAUGUGCUCGGCUCGCUGAUCAACUUGAUGCGCUUUAUUCUUGCGCGACAAACCGGCCUGGCCAGCUUGCUGUCCUCCUCUUCAAACGCCUCGUCGGCGGUCGGGACACCGACAGGGAGCAUGCGCAGCAACUCGAGCAUAUCGGUCCAUCAUCGCAGCCGUCAGAACAGCGUCAACGGUGCCACCAGCUACUUUGCCGGCAUGAGCGUGCCCAGUUCCAGCUCCUCAUCGAAUGGCCUUUUGGGCGUGGGUUUGGAGACGCAGACCGCCAGCGAGCGGAUUGCAGACUUUCUGGCCGUGCUCUUCUCGCUGUGCUUGUCGGCUGUGGAGCAUUUGGUCGACUCUGAGUUUGCUUGGCGCCGCUACAUGCUGACCUGGGACUCGGCUUUUGAACACGAGGUGGCUGGUACUGGCAACAGCGGCAGCAGCAGCAGCAACAGCGACUCGUCGUCAACGUCGCUUUUGACGCCAACCCUGUUCACCCCGGUCUCUCUUGCAAGCUCAAAUAUGGUGGCAAAUGCAGCCGCCACAGCUCAGUCCUUUGAGCAAUGGGGCGAGGGCUUGCUGCCGGCGCUCCUCGAAGUCGUCAUUGACGGCCUUAAAAUGCUGCAGAUCGUCCUCGCGCGGAGCAAAUCCCUGUCCGAUCGCGACUAUGCACUGCAAGAGCGAUUGCUCCAUACUCUGGCAUGCGUCUCGCUGGGCAAUCCAACUGCCCAGAAUUCGCUCCGUGAGAUUGGCGGCCUCGAAGCGCUCGUGUCCUUCCUCGGGUGGAAGGCCGGGUUCCAGGCCCUCAAUUCCAACACUUCGAACGUCAACUCGGCAGCCGAUGACGCGCUUGACAUGACUGCUGAAGAUGAUGCGCUCGAGUCUGUCGUACCACUUGGCCUGACAAUUCCACAACCUUCUGCUGCAGUAGCGUACGGGAUGUCCGGCGACUCGUCGCUGUCGACGUCUCCCUCUGUAGCCAUCUAUCCAACCUUGAGCAGUACUUCUUCUAAAUCGAAUGCCGGUGAUUCGCUCGAAAACGGCCCCGCCAUGCGCAUUCCGCUCACACAGGACGUGCUCUUGUCGCAGUUCGAGCAACCUGCCGCGUCGCAGCCGCCAGCAACACCCCGUCUUUCGUUGCCAUCCCCCGGCAUCGUUGUGCCGCCCUCCAUGCUCCACUGGCGUGCCAAUGUUUCCCAGACAUUUCUGCGGAAUGAGUUCCGGACACAACUUCUCGCCUGGCACAUUCUACGCAUUGUCACGAUGGCCAAUGAAGUGAACGCCAACAGGCUCGAAAAGAUGGGCGGUCUUCAGAAGGUGGUGGAUUUCUUCCUGUGGGUGAUUGUUCACUCGUCGCGCCUCGACACCUUGGAUGAGGACGCCUUCUUUGGACUGAACACGUUUCCGCUCGCGCGCAGUUUCCGGACAUCGGUGCUGCCCACCAAGCCUGCCUCGUCGUCCAGCAAAGACUCGAGCACUGCGACCAGCACCAACUCCAACUCGUCGACCCUGCUCGCUGCGGAGCGGUUUAACGCUCUGUUCAAGCUGGACGUUGGGCAGCAGCUGGCGAACGCAUCGCGCGAUACACCACACCAUCGCGUGUAUGCUCCAACGGUGCCGCUCACCUUGUCUCUCGAUUCGCAGCACGCUCCGACGCGCAGCCGUGCGAUGGAUUUGCUUUUGCAAAUGCUCUUUUCGUCAUGCGUACAACGCUACGAUGCGUCCUCCUCGGAUUGGCUCUCUGGGGGCCACCUGUUCCCACAGUACAGCGAGGGCAAUGCUGGCAAAGCAGGCUCGCACCACUCUGAAUCGGGUGCUGACUCCACGGCCUACGGGCUCAACUGGGGCGCGUCGCCAUCGACUUCCUCUGUCGAAUCAACGCCAGCCAGUCCCUCGAAUACCAACAAGUUCUAUCGGCCCACGCCUUGCUCGUCCGAAAGCUGCCUGGAACUCUUGUUUUGGGUGUUUGAUCCAAACGUCCGACCAACCCAAGAAAAUGAGCUGGCGCGCUCCUACUUGUUUGAUGUCAACCGCUCCAAAGACUUUCAGUUCCUCGUUAUUGAGUUUAUCGCUCGCAUUUUCGCGCAAAACAAUGAACGUCUCAUCGAGAUUUGCGCCAACCAUCGCUGGCUGGACAUCCUCUUGUCAGAGUACUUUUCCGGGCUCACCUUCCCGCUCCUGUUGAGCACAGACCCGUCGCAACGGGUCCUUCGCGUGCUAGCGCAAAAUGUGGUUGAGCUAAUACUCUACACGGGCACCCUGCCAACGACGAUGGGCAACGACCUUCAGUGUGACCGCAUCCUGCAGCUUUUGAGCUUCCUGUCGGACUAUCCCCUUUCGCUCGCGGAAGCCUGCACCGCUCUCAUCAAGCUCCUGACGAACGCACGAGCAGCGACGCAUGCUGCGCUCGAGCAGCUCGAUUUUCUCUCCACCGUGACGACGCUUGUCUUCAAGUUUAACGAAACGCUCAGCGUCCUAUCCCGCCCGCAACACGAGGUUUCGGCAACGAGCGCGGAGGCAGUGUUGGCCAUGGACGCUGAGAAUUCAAUGCUCCAGCAAGGUGGCUCGCUCUUGUCGGUUGCAGAGCUGCCAGAAGACGAUGACACGAUCAGCAUCAACACGACCGCAACGGCAAUCACGUUGCAACCUACCACCACCACCCAGUCAACCCGCGCUCCUUCGCCCACGCCAUCCUCCGUGUCUGGUAUCUCGACCACCUCCGCAGCUCAUCCGCAAACAGUUGUGCGAAUUCACUUUUCCAUGAACGAGCUGAGUCGUGCUCGGCAAGCGCUUGUCGCAGUCAUCAACGAGUUUAUCUUUGUCGACAAUCCGAGCGCCCUGCACUACGUGUUUGCGCACAAGCCCACGCUGCAUUUGCUACACUCGUUCCUGUCCGACGUGGACAUUCCGUUCGCCUUGUGGAAGUGGUCGCUGCGUCGAUCCAGCGAUCUUGUCCGCGUUAUCGUGCCCGGCGACUCUGUUCGUGCUGAAACGGUCGAAUUCCUGCGAUCGUACUUGGAGGUGCUGAGCCUGUCGAUGAACUUUGUCCAAAAGCCAGACGCUGCAACAACAGCGGGCGCAAAAGUCGCCGUCGCGAACGAGUCCCCCUCUGCGACAAGCGCAUUCCACGCAGCUCUGGCCGGAAGCACUACCAGCUCGUUACCUGCGACCCCACACAUUGGUGCAACGUCGGGCGGCUCCCGCAACAGCAGCCGUCAUCGUCAUGUGAGCACGGCCGAGACGAUGGCGCAACCUGUGCAUGCAAUGGGCAUGUCUUCCCUUCGGAUGCACUUGUUGCAAGGCAUUCGACGCAUGCUUCAAGGCGAGAACAACCGGACGUUCAUCCAGAAUGCCUUUGUCGAAGCAACGUGCUUUGUCAAGAUUGUCAGCGUGCUGAGCGUUCCCAUCGUUCCUCCAGAAGCCUCUGCCGCCGCUGCAGCCGAGCAGCAAAGCAUUGCGAUUGGCCUUGGACGAGGCAACCCCCCGAGCGCGCCAACGAGCAGUGGCGGGUCGCCGCAGACACCCGCGCCAGCCGCGAUCGCAGCAGCACUCAGUGCCGUUCUGAGCGAUCCCACUGGACCGUCGUCGCAGGCAUCCACAGCCGCCACCUUGCGGGCUUUGGCCGAGAACAGCACUGCUCUCUGCGCCGAAAUCCUCCGGACGUUGACUGCGCUUGUCGCUGGUUCCAGCACAAGCAAAGAGGUCUUCCGCGAGCAGGUGGGCUUUUCAAACCUGCGCGAGCUGUUGCUGCUCACGCUGAACGGCACCAUGCCUCGCGAAGUCCUGUCUGUUCUGUUUGACAUGCUCGUCGACGGCAACUUCAACCUGCAACACCGCUUUGCCAUCCAGCACCAGCACGUCAUCUUUCUGCUCUUUGAUCUCCUCCCAUUCAUGUCUCACCGCGACCGCCUCUGGACGAUUGACACACUGACCGAGCUGGUGAACAAGUCCUUUAGCAACAAGACGCGCUGCUGCGAUGCUGGUUUGAUUGGCGUCGUGCUGACCACCAUCGCCCCGUCCGCAUUCACUGCCAGGGCAUAUGGACGCCGUCCCGAACGACCACCAGCCGAACCGGCGGUGGAUGAUGCUGCCGUCGCUACAGCAGCCGCUGGGCAGUCGCCGGAAGCAUCCAGCACCGAGAUUUUGCCUGCCAUGACUGCCGACGAACACAAAAAGCAAAUGUCCUUCAUUGAGCGUCUCGUUCACUUGAUUGAAGUGCUGGGUGCGCACUCCAUCUCUGCCGGCGAGCUCAAGCAACUGGUGGGACUGCUGCGGCCAUCCGAGUCCUUGCUGCGUCCGCUCUUCUGGGUUCGGCUCCAACGCGCGUUGCAAAUCAUGACCGCCAAAGACGGACCGCUGCUGUUCUUUGACUUUCCACAAAGCCGCAAGUCCGGCCUGAAUGUCCCGGCCAUUGAACGAUGGGGUAACAGCAACGGCUACACCUUCCACACAUGGAUCCGCCUGGAGUGGUACGAUGCCGCGAUGCAGGACGGUACCAUCUCAUCGGCCUCUUCAUCGGGCUCUUCCUCGCGGUAUGCAUCGCUGUCGUCCUCCACAGUCACCUCUGGACCUGCUGGCGUUUCUGCGCCUCCUUCUUCUUCUUCUUCUUCUGCUUCCUUUGGAUCGGCCCUCGGGAAGCAAAAGGACUAUGAGCCCCGUCUGUUUAGCUUUUUCACAGCCAGCGGGCUGGAUGGGUUUGAGGCGUAUCUGAAUGACGCACACCAUUUGGUGUUAUCAACCUGGCACCAUGGCGAUCGAAAGUCCAUCGAGUUUACCAAGCACUACUUCCUCGAGCAUCGGUGGUAUUGCAUUGCCAUUUCUCACCGUCACUCGCGCAAGCCCUGGGGAUCCAGCGACGCAAUUCUUUACGUGGAUGGUCAAAUGGUCCAGCGAGAGCAGUUCCGCUACAUUUCUGUGAGUGAGCCGCUGACCAAUUGCCACAUUGGUGCCGGCCGCAAGGUGGCCCCUGGAACCGCUUUCACUGCCGAGGCAUCGUCAUCAAGUGCUUCAACACCUCAGCAGCAGCAGCAGCAACAGCAACAGCACCAACAGCAACAGACGGGAGGCAAUCGCAUCACCAGCUUGUUCGGACAGAUGGGCGCCUUGUACCUCUUCAUGGACGUCCUCACACCCGCCCAGCUGGCCUCCAUCUUCACCUUGGGUCCCAAUUACAUGUCGACCUUCCAGCCAACGGAUGCCCCCAACCACCCCGAGCGAUUCUCUGCCCUGUUUGAUGGAUCGCUGGCAAGCCGAAUUCUCUUCAACUACAAUGCCAAGGCAUGUCGCGGCAAGCUGUGCUUGGAUCUCGCCGCGUAUCGACGAAUGGAUGCCCGGUUGCUGGGUUACCAGUGUGUCACGCAUUCGAUUCGAGAUGUGACCAACUGUCUGGGUGGCGUGCAGCUCUUCUUUUUGCUCAUCCCGCAAAUGGAUUUGCCGCUCUUUGUGCCGAAUUGUGCGCCUGGCGUCCUGUCCGAGUCGUCUCGCACCUCCACCGCCAACUCGUCCACGCACUCCCUUCUCAAUCUCACUGCAUCCGUCCCAGCAACUGGCUCCGGCGAAGCUGGGAAUGGGCCGUUCGAGGAGCACAUUGACGCCCAGGCCUGCCCGCACUUUAUCGAUCUUUUGGCGGACCUGAUUUUGGGCAACACUCUCAACCAGGAAGCCAUGCUGCAGUGCGCCGGCUUUGCAACCAUCUCGAUGUUGCUUCAGCAAGUCAACCCCAAGCACCUGUCGCAUUCAACGUUGCGCUCCAUUCUUCGUGUGCAGCAAAUGCUGGUUGCGUCUGGCAGCUGGGACCUGCUGCAUGACCUCAACAUGUCGCUGACGUUUGACUUUCGUCUUUGGAUGUACGCCGAUGUCAGUGUGCAAAUUCAACUGAUGCAGCUCUUGCUGUCGACCAUUGUCGAAGAACCCGUCUGGGCGCGUCGCUUUUUGGGUGUUCAGUUUCUGCUGGAUACGCUCAGCACGUGCUACUGGUACGCGCCGACCGACCAUCGUCACAUCAUUGGCGCCUCGUCCACAAUGUCCAUCCAUCCUUGGUUUAUGCCCAAUGUCGGCCGUUCCACCACCGGACCAGCAAGCGGCGGAACAGCAGCAGGCGGUUUGACCUUCUCGUUGGCCGGCUCGAGCGCGUCGUCUUCCUCCUCCUCCUCCUCGUCGUCGUCGUCCCUGCCCAAUGUGUUUUCAUCGAGCGGGCCCCAAGUUGUGCGACGGGAGCGCCUUCCUCCGGAUCAGAUCAAGCGUGUGCGCCAGCAGCUGUUCGUUGCGCUCCGCCAGUAUCUCACCAAAUCGCCCACCCGAGAUGAGGUUGCUGCGUUGGUCGGAUUCCUCGCCAACUGCCCAGACCACGCCCAGGUCUCAGAGAUGCUCGAGUUUAUUGUGCGAAUCGCCUCCGGGCCCGACCAAAACAACUUGCUCGAAUUGUUUGCCACGACGGGUGGCUUUGAAACCUUGCAUGGCAUUCUUUCCAGCCGCUUGGAAAGCACUCGUAUUUAUGCACUCCGACUGAUUGCAAUCUUCCGAAGCAACGAGUACGUGUCGGAAAAGACGCGCCGCCGUUUCCGCAUGGACGAUGUCGGGCCACACGGCCUGGCCGCAGCGCUUGCCGUGCACGAACUCACAGAACCCAUUUGCAACCAGCUGCUGGAGAUGAGUGUGACAAAGAUCACCACGCAUUCCACCGUGCCGAGCGCCGCUCCGACUCCCGCCUCAAUGUCGCCGCCGUCGUCGCCGCCUCCCGUUGGUGGGCCCUCGGACUCAGCUUACCCGAGCCGAGCCGACGAUGAUGCUGCUGACCGCGAAAGCAUGUUGGGCUCGACCGAGUCGCUCGCUGUCACGACGACCGUCACGUACGAGCUCAAGAACGUUCCGAUGCUCUGCUGCGUCCUGCGCCUGUUGCGACAAGCCGAGCCGGGCCUCGCGUUCAAAAUUGUGCAAACAGUCAUUCUUCCGCUCUUUUCUCAUCCCUCCUCGUGCGCCACCUUUGUCAAGCAGGCGCAAGGCUGGUCGGAGCCCUUGUUCAGUUUGCUUGCUGCUCGAAACGCCGAUGCCGUCUCGUCAGAUGAGCCUCGAUCGCCCCCGUUCGGUCGCACGAGCUUCUCAGGCGCAGGCGGUCUAACAUCCACGACCUCGUCUGCCGUUAGCAUGAGCAGCGUCGCUGCACCGGCCUCGCCGGCCCCGCAACGCCCAGGAGGUGCCGCUCCUUUCGAGCGCGAGGCACUUCCACCCCAGUCGCCCUCCCCGGUACCUGGUGCUCCCUCCGGUCCUUCUUCUUCCGUGGGCUCGGCGUUGCGGCGGAGCAUGUCCUCGCUCGGCAGCUUCAAGCGCCAUCGCAGCGGCACUUUCCAGGUUGGAUCCGCUCACAGCACUGCGGCCAUCACUCUGCGCGAUGCAGUACUCGACACAACGCACAAUCUCGUGUGGGCUUCGUUCGAGUCGGACAAGAAGGCGUGGAAGCAGCUCGAAGAAGCCCUGCUCAUGAUUGAGGUCGUCUUCCCCUUCGACACGGAGCUGGCAGUCGUGUUGAAGCGCAGCCUGCUCAUGCGCAUCCUUCAAGCUUGCACGUCGGCGGUCGCGGCCGCCAGCGCGCCUUCUGCAUCGUCAACCGCAACCACUACUGCUUCCAGCAUUGCCGACCCCAACGCGCUCGGACGCGUGAGCAGCACCCUUCUGAACAACUGUGUUCACGUCUUGCAUGUGUGUGAAGAGUUUUUGUUCUUUAUUCCCCCGCCACCGACGCACCACAUCAUGGGGCGCCAGUCUUCCGUCACUUUGACGCAGACUGAGCACGACCAGCACUCUCGCGCUGACGCGCAACAGCAAGUGCAGCAGCAGCUUGCAGAGGCCACCUCUGGCAUUGCUGGGGGCCAAGCUCUGCAGUCCAACAAUGCUCGUGCAUCCCAAGUCGGUCUUGGGAACAUGAGUGGACUUUACGCAGCUGCAGGUGCCACGUUCAUUCCUCCUGCGACGACGACCUCCGCCAUCGCCUCUUCCUCUUCCUCCUCCUCCUCCUCCGCUUCCACGACCGGCACUGGCCAACCAGGAUCUGCGACCACAAUGACCAUCGCGCCCAGCACCGAUGGAAAGACAGUCACGCUGGACAUUCGCUUGGAUGCGAACGGCGAGUGGGAGGACACGAACGUUGCGCAGGGCACGCUGUUGUUGCUCGAACGAACCGGACUGUUUGGCCUGUCGACGUUCAACUCGUUCGACCUCGCAAGCGGCGGUAAAACGCACGUGCGUGCUGGCGGUGCAAUCCGCCUUGGUCUGCGCAUGUUGCUGUUUGCUUUGAAGAACAGCUCGCGCGUGGUGUGCGAGCGCGCGUGUGACCGAGUGCGCUAUCUACUCGACCGGCAUUUGAACGAGCCUUCGUCCAUCGAUCGUGUCUUGUACAUUAUGUGGCACUUGUGCGAUGCCCUCGGCCUGUCUCUCCGCCGCGAUCGCUGCUCCAACUACAAGCCCAUCAUUGCGGUGCUUCGCUCGCUCUUGCGCAAGUGGCGUCCGGCUCUCAACGCCAUCCUUCGCAUGGAUUUGCCUGCCACCUCGUCAUCGACCUUCCCGCAGCAGCAGCAGCAGCAGCAGCAGCAAAGUGCCGUUGCAAACAACAUGGCGGCUGGCCUAGUGUUUGACGUGGGCAUGGGCGUGCCCUCCCCGUUCGUCCCAGUCACUGGCGAACCACUGCUCUCGAACGAAGCGCUUCUGGAGGAUGAUACUCCGACGGAUGUCUUCCUGUCGUUCAUCCUAUCUCCUCCGUGGAUUCAAGCUCUGACUUGUUGCGUGCUGCCGCGUGCUCAAACUGUGGACACGACCGACUACUUGUCCUACGCGCCCUACCUGAGCAAGCGUCGGCCGCGUCGAAUUGAUGCCGUGACCAACAAGCUGGAUAAGCAGCGCAUUGCCGAAGCAGUGAGCGAAAACAAGUACAAGGAGAUGAUUGUUCAGCCGCACAAGGAGCGGCGGCUCGAAGAGGAAGAUCGUCGCGACGUGCUUGUGCAGCAACGUGAAAGCGACCGCCGCGCCAUUGUCCGCCAGUGGAAGACAACCCUCCAAUUCUUCACCAGCGAGCGCGGUGUGCUGGCGUCGCGUGUGGCCGCGCCCGUGUACUGGAAGCUGGAUCGCACCGAAAACGUCAGUCGCAUGCGCCGCAAGCUUGUGCGCAACUACAACUUUGACAAUCACGCCGCUGCCAGUCUCGCGCGCGAUGCCGGCACGCGGAGCGAGUCGGUUUCGGCUCAACGGCGCGCCGCAGCGUUUGCCAGCCUCCAAGCCCAAGAGGUGGAGGUGAUGCCUGGCAUCACCAACAUGGAGGUCAAGGUGCGCGUUUUGGACGAAGACGCCAUCGCCGACGACGAAUGGAGUAUGCUCACUCAGAGUGGAACUGCCGCGUCGUCUUCGUCGGCUUCGUCAUCGGGCGGAUCCGGGGCUGGCAGCAGCAGUCUGCGAACGGCUGGCGAGACUGGCAGCGGAUCCAGCACGAGCGCGUCCGCCGGCGGCAGCAGCGCAUCGGGCACAGCCUCUACUCUUGCCAGCUCGUCUGGACAAGGUGCCGGAGGUGCAAGCUCAAACAACAGCGCCAUUUUGCUCUCCGUCCCUUGCGAGUUGGUCUCUCUGAUGGUGUCUACUCCUGGUCGCCUCGAUAUCACGGCGACACAUGCGCUGUUCUAUGCAUCCAAGCACUCGGAAAGCAUGAAUGCGAUCAGCGUCGAGUUGCUUGAGCUGGUCGACACGGCGCCUCGUGAUUACAAGUGGCCGCUCGGACAAAUCGUUCAGGUGCACUUGCGUCGGCACUUGCUCCGUCGCUCCGCCCUCGAAAUCUUCUUGGCGGAUCGCACCAACUAUCUGCUGAACUUUGCCAAGAAAGACCGCAACCGCGUCUACGGCAAAAUUCUCUCCCUGCGCCCGCAAAAUUUGGUCUUUGCCGACUCGCGCUCGCCCGCAGAAAUGCUCCGCAAGUCGAACUUGACUGCGCGCUGGCAGAAAGGGCAGUUGAGCAACUUUGACUACCUGAUGCAGCUCAACACGAUCGCCGGUCGCACCUACAAUGACUUGAACCAGUAUCCCGUCUUCCCAUGGGUGCUGAGCAACUACGAGUCGGAGGUGCUGGAUUUGAACGACCCGCAAAACUAUCGCGACCUGUCCAAGCCUGUCGGCGCGCUCAACCCAAAGCGGCUCGAAUUCUUCUCUUCGCGCUACGAGCAGUUUAUCGAUCCCUCCGGAGUUGUGGACAAGUUCCACUAUGGCACGCACUAUUCGACGGCAGCGACCGUGUUGCACUACUUGGUGCGUCUCGAGCCCUUCACCACCCUGCACGUGCAUCUCCAGGCAGGCAAGUUUGAUCAUGCCGAUCGCCAGUUUACCUCCAUUCCCGCCGCUUGGAACAGCUCGUACAACUCGACUGCCGAUGUCAAAGAGCUCAUCCCAGAGUUCUUUUACAUGCCCGAGUUCCUCGAGAACAGCAAUGGCUUUGAUCUCGGCGUCCUGCAGAAUGGCAAGCGUCUCAACCACGUCGAGCUGCCGCCUUGGGCCCGCACCCCUGAAGAGUUCAUCCGCAUCCACCGCGCCGCCCUCGAGAGCAACUAUGUUUCCGAGCACCUGCACGAGUGGAUUGACUUGAUUUUCGGCUACAAGCAGACGGGCAUCGAAGCCGAGAAGGCGUGCAAUGUGUUUUACUAUGUCACGUACGAAGGUGCCGUGAAUCUGGACGCCAUCACCGACCCGCGCGAGCGUGCUUCCCUCGAGACGCAAAUCAACAACUUUGGCCAAACGCCUGCGCAGUUGUUGAAAAAGCCGCAUCCGCCCCGCAACGCCGGGGCCUACUCGCUGACAGGAGCGCUGCCAGUUCCGUUGGCUGGCCAUUUCGCGUUGGCCGCAGGCUCUGCUGUCGCCCCCGCGAGCGUCACGGUCGUCAACAACACGACGAGUGCCGCAGUCGACUCGUCGUCGUCGUCGUCGUCGUCGUCGUCCACGAGCCAAACAACCUCCAACAACGCAGGCAGCAACCGACCGCGUAGCCAGGUCAUGAGCAAGGCAAAUGCAGAGAAACUGCGCGCUCUCGGCGCCGGGGUUGCGACCGAGCAUGAUGGCAGCGCGCCUUCAUCUCCUGGUCCUGCUUCGCCGAGAGCAGCAGCGGCUCCUCCUGCAACGCCCACCUCAGCGACGGUCAUUUCGACGAGCGCGGCACCACCGCCGUCCUCGGCAGGCAGCAACAAGCGUGUGCUCACCUCCGCGUGGUUCUCGCCGCUUUCGGCCAAGGAGAGUGGCAUUGGUUCGAACGCCGUCAUGUCCACGUCCUCUUCGUCCUCGAGUCAGGCGAUCGUCGAUUCCCCCUUCGCAGCCUCCGUGUUUGCCCAGCUCGACCACUUGAAGCCGUACUAUGUGACGCUCUGCGACGAGCCUGUGGCGUUUGUCAGCUUGCCAGAGACACCAUUGUACGCGUUCAUCUACAACGGGUCGAUGGACAAGGUCGUGACCAUUACCGAGGAAGGCUUGAUUGGCGCGCACUCGUGGGUCCCGACGCCGACGGCCGAGGGCAUGCCAUUCUCGUUCGAGCGCGACAUGGUCGAUCGUUAUGUUGGCGGCCCGUUUGCUCAGCAGCUCCAGGUCAAUCCGCGCCUCUUCCACCUCUCGCUUGACGGUCGCGUCAUUUUCAGCGGUGGCCACUGGGACAACUCGCUGAAGAUGACUGCGACCGACUCUGGACGCAUCAUCCAGUCGUUGAUUGGGCACUCGGACAUUGUGACGUGCAUUGCGCUCGACAAUGACAGUGCCAUCUGGGCGUCGUCCAACACUUCUCUUGGCAGCGUGUCCUCAGCUGCUGGAUUUAUGAGCGGGGCCGGUGGCAAUGCAGGAGCUGGCAGUGGCAGCGGCAACAAUAGCGGCCCCACCAGCGGUGCCAACGCGAACGCAAGCACGUCUUCGGUUGGCUCUGCUGGGUCCAGCGGCGCCAUCGGUAUCAUCGGUGCCUCGGGUGGCGUUGGCAGCAGCGGUGCAGGCAUUGGCUCAACCCAGCUCUCGAGCGGCCUGAGCAGUGCUACUUCGUCCGCCAUCGGUGGAGGCACCGCCAUGUCGACCCUGUCUUCCACCAUGGCUCCUGUAUCCUCCAUGGUCACGUCGGUCGUUGGUGGUGGUACGAUCGUCGGUGCCAGGUACCUGGUCACAGGCUCUCGCGACACCACUUGUAUUAUUUGGGAGGUCUUGUACUACUCCAGUGGGACGAUCGCAAAGAUCAACGAACGGCCGUUCCAGCGGCUGCACGGUCACGACCAUGAGGUGUGCAGCGUCGCCAUCAACACUGAGCUCGACAUUGUCGUCAGCGGCUCCAAAGAUGGCACCAUCAUCAUCCACACUGUUCGCCAGGGUCGAUUUGUGCGAAGCAUCAGUCCACCCGUCCCCGAAUGGUGCAUCAUCAAGCAUCGUCGCCCGCACAUCAAGCUGGUAUCCAUCACCAACAACGGAUCCAUCUUGUGCUACGGCGAGCAUGCCAUGAACGGUGAAAAGGAAUCCCACAUGCUGUACCUGUACAGCAUCAAUGGAAAGCUGCUGCAGUCACGCUCGUUCCACAACCGCGUUCGUGAUUUGACAUUGAGCAAGAGCGGCGAGUUCUUUGUGGCGGGCACAUCCAAGGGCGAGCUUUUCACCUGUUUGCUCUACAAUUUGCAAACGCUGCAUCAGCUGCCGCUUGACGUCCCAAUCAACGUGGUGACCUUGACUCCGUCUGAAAGUCAUAUUAUUGUUGGUCUCAAUGACGGAAAGUUGAUUGUUGUCAUGCCUGGCAGGGAUGACAACACUGGCACCUAACGACCAUUCACUUUGGGCGCUACGUCCCGUUCCUUUGACUUUGGCGCUGGGUUGUCACCCCCUAUUGUUUGAAAUUUUGAUUUUUGCUUUCUUGUUUGUUUUGUUUUGUCGUUUUCCUUAACGUGUGAUUGCUUUUGAAUUGUUUGUACUCUUGAAUUUCUACCCCCUUUCGUCGUCCCCGCGUUUCUUCCUUGAUCAUUUCGAAC